GGAAAUUAUGAGCUGCGCUUUGGGUCCCUGGUCAAACGGAGCUAAACGGAUUAAUUACAACUGCCAUGGCAGAUGUAAAGCUGUGUAAUUUUAAGCUGCUUUGCACAUUUUAAUUAAACACUGAUUUUUCGUCAAUGUACCAGCUUUAAAUGGGCUCAACUCCAACGUCACUGAGCUCUGGGAAUCGAGUUUUCAACCCAUUCCAUCGGGCGAAUGCAUUUAACAGGCUUGCAAAACCUUUGACAUUUGCUCAAAAGUUUUCAAGUUGUUGUUCGGCAAGAAAUUGCUUUUCGCCGAAGCCCUUUAAGUGCUGGACCGUCAAUUAACAGGGAAUAAUUUUGCGGGUGUGAAAGAAAAUGACUUCAGGUGCAGGAAAUGAUUGGGAGGUAAAUGGGAUAAAAAGAAAUCAAUAGAAAGUCAAGUAAACACAGAGAAUUAUGCAAUCGAAGCAUGCAUGGAAGCUUAUUUAUAGCUGGGAAAAAAGGGGAGCAUCCGCAGGCUAAGGUCGACUGCAGUUAGAGCCAGGCAAUUGGUUAGCAGCUGCUCUACUCACACUCUCCGCCACUCAACCACUCAACCACCCGGCCCAGCCCAACCACCCACUCACUCCAACCACCGAGUGGUUGUUAUGGCAUUCGCCGAACGCAUUUUGUAACAUGACAAAAUAGCGUAGCAUACAUUUCAGGGGUUGCAAAUGUGCAACAUUGAUUGGCACGGCCAACUGGCAAAUUGGCCACGGGGCCUCCACUUGGGGAUCCUGCGCAGGCGCAGCUUAUGCGAUUACAUAACACCACGAAAGCGAUUCGAAGAGGAUGCUGGCAGCCAGGAAAGCCGAAACAGAACCACAACUGCACUUGUUGCUGACAGAGCGCGGCGUUUGGCCAAUAUUUCGAAUCGAAAACGCGACGGGAAAAAUAAAAUACCUUAGCCUAACUCAACGAAAGUAAACUAAUCAGUUCUGUGACCCCUUGCAGUUAUUCAAAAUGUGGCAUAUUGAGCAUAUGGAAAUCAAUUGUUGCGUGAACAUUACUUGAACUUUUUAACCAAAAACCAAAAGCACAUAUGAACAAAAUUAUGUGAGCGUGUAAAUUAUUUGUGGCAUUUGUGAGCAAGUCGUCAAGCGAAGUUUAAAGUUUUGAACUUUCUUCGGUUUGCCUCUUUUUUAAAAAUUGUGCAGUUCGAAGUGGAUUAUCCGACAGACCCGAAAAUGGACGACGAGAGCGAUGACAAGGAUGAUACGAAAAGCUUCCUUUGCAGAAAAUCGCGAAAUCUCAGCGAGAAGAAGCGGCGGGACCAGUUCAACUCACUGGUCAACGAUCUGAGCGCCUUGAUAUCCACCUCCAGCAGAAAGAUGGACAAGUCCACGGUCCUGAAGUCCACGAUAGCCUUCCUCAAAAAUCAUAAUGAGGCCACCGAUCGCUCGAAGGUGUUCGAGAUACAUCAAGACUGGAAGCCCACGUUUCUGAGCAACGAUGAGUACACCCACCUGAUGCUCGAGUCUUUGGAUGGCUUCAUGAUGGUCUUCAGCAGCAUGGGCUCCAUCUUCUAUGCCUCGGAAAGUAUUACCUCCCAGCUGGGAUACCUGCCGCAAGAUCUGUACAACAUGACCAUAUAUGACCUGGCCUACGAAAUGGACCACGAGGCACUGCUAAACAUCUUUAUGAAUCCCACACCGGUUAUCGAGCCCCGACAGACGGAUAUUAGUUCCAGCAACCAGAUCACAUUCUACACCCAUUUGAGAAGGGGCGGAUUGGAGAAAGUGGAUGCGAAUGCCUACGAACUGGUCAAAUUUGUGGGUUACUUUCGUAAUGAUACCAAUACCUCCGCGGGUUGCAGUUCGGAGGGCUCGAAUGGUUCCAAUGGACAACCCGCCGUGCUGCCGCGCAUCUUCCAGCAGAAUCCCAAUGCCGAGGUGGACAAGAAACUGGUUUUCGUGGGCACCGGACGCGUCCAGAAUCCCCAAUUGAUCCGCGAAAUGAGCAUCAUCGAUCCCACUAGUAACGAAUUCACCUCGAAGCACAGCAUGGAGUGGAAGUUCCUGUUCUUGGAUCACCGGGCGCCGCCGAUUAUUGGUUACAUGCCGUUCGAGGUCCUGGGCACUUCUGGCUACGAUUACUACCAUUUUGAUGAUUUGGACAGCAUUGUGGCUUGCCACGAAGAGCUUCGCCAGACGGGGGAGGGCAAAUCCUGCUACUACCGAUUCCUCACCAAGGGCCAACAGUGGAUCUGGCUGCAAACGGACUACUACGUGAGCUACCACCAGUUCAAUUCCAAGCCGGACUAUGUGGUCUGCACCCACAAGGUGGUCAGCUAUGCGGAGGUUCUCAAGGAGAGUCGAAAGGAGGGCCAAAAAUCCGGGAACAGCAGCAGCAGCAACAACAACAAUGGGACCGCCAAGGCUAUCGCCUCAACGGCAAAUAGCAGCCAAUCCGCAUCUGCCACCACAACACUAAGGGAUUUCGAGCUGAGCAACCAAAAUCUGGAUAGCACUUUGCUGGGGAAUAGUCUGGCCAAUCUGGGAAACGAAACGACGGCCACAUCGCCCGCCGUGGACUCAUCGCCCAUGUGGUCCGCAUCGGCUGCUCAGCCCUCUGGUUCCUGCCACAUUAGUUCUCUGAAGACAUCGCGACCCGCCUCGAGCUACGGCAACAUCAGCUCCACGGGUAUAUCACCGAAGGCCAAGCGAAAGUGUUACUUCUACAAUAAUCGGGGCAACGACUCGGACUCCACUUCCAUUUCCGCGGAUUCGGUCACCAGCCGGCAGUCCAUGUUGACCCACGUCAGUUCGCAAAGCCAGCGACAGCGAUCGCAUCACCGUGAGCACCACCGCGAGCACCAUCACAGUCAGUCGCAUCAUCACCAGCAGCAACAGCAUCAGAGCUUGCAGCAGCAACACCAGCAGCAUCACCAGCAGCUGCAACUGCAACAGCAAUUGCAGCACUCAGUGGGUGUGGGUGUUGGUGUGGGUGUGGGUGCUCCGAAAAUGGUGCCCCUCCUGCCGAUUGCCCCCACGCAGAUCAUGGCCGGCAGUGCCUGUCAGUUUCCCCAGCCCGCCUAUCCACUGGCAAGUCCCCAAUUGGUGGCACCCACUUUCCUGGAGCCACCGCAAUAUCUCACCGCCAUACCCAUGCAACCGGUGAUCGCUCCGUUUCCGGUGGCACCUGUCCUAUCGCCGAUUCCGGUGCAGGCACAGCAGGAUCUGCUGCCCGAAACCGUGGUGAUGACGCCCACGCAGAGUCAGUUGCAGGAUCAGCUGCAGCGGAAGCACGACGAACUGCAGAAGCUGAUCCUGCAGCAGCAGAACGAGCUGAGGAUCGUCUCGGAGCAACUGCUCCUCUCCCGCUACACAUACCUGCAGCCCAUGAUGUCGAUGGGAUUCGCACCGGGCAACAUGGCGGCCGCGGCGGUGGGAUCGAUGGCAGGAGGUCAGCGGGCACUAAACUUCACCGGCAGCAAUGCAGUGCAGCCGCAGUUCAAUCAGUAUGGAUUCGCUUUGAAUUCGGAACAGAUGCUGAACCAACAGGAUCAGCAGAUGAUGAUGCAGCAGCAGCAGAAUCUGCACACGCAGCACCAACACAAUUUGCAGCAGCAACAUCAGAGUCACACGCAACUGCAGCAACAUAAUCAACAGCAGCAACAGCAGCAGCAGCAGCAACAACAGCAGCAACAGCAGCAACAGCAGCAGCAGCAGCAACAGUUGCAAUUGCAGCAACAAAAUGAUAUUUUGCUGCGUGAGGAUAUCGACGAUAUUGAUGCCUUUCUCAAUCUGUCACCCCUGCAAUCCCUGGGCUCGCAGUCCACAAUUAAUCCCUUCAACUCCAGCAGCAAUAACAACAAUCAAAGCUAUAAUGGUGGCAGCAAUCUGAACAACGGCAACCAGAACAACAACAACGGCAGUACGAAUCCACCACAAAAUAACAACGAGGACUCGCUGUUGUCCUACAUGCAAAUGGCCACCGAAUCGAGUCCUUCGAUCAACUUUCACAUGGGCAUCAGCGAUGAUGGCUCCGAAACGCAGAGCGAGGACAACAAGAUGAUGCACAGUUCCAGCACCACGCAAAUGCAGCAGCAGCAACAGCAGCAGCAACAGCAACAUCAGCAGCAGCAAAUCCUGCAGCAACAUCAACAGCAGUCAAACAAUUUCUUCAGCGCGAAUCCCUUCCUCAGCAACAGUCAGAAUCAGAACCAAAAUCAGUUGCCAAACGAUCUGGAAAUACUGCCCUACCAGAUGUCCCAAGAGCAAUCGCAGAAUCUAUUCAACUCGCCUCACACAGCCCCAGGCAGUAGUCAAUAGCAGAUCCCAAUGUAAAUAACCCUCGUUUGCGGUUGGAUCAUUCAGCCGUGUGUAAGAUCCUAGAUCCUAAUCAAGUUUGGCCUCUGGCUCUCUUUAUCGAACCUUAUCCAUUCGAAACCCAGAACUAGUUGUAGAUCUCGACAGACUGAGUAUUGUUCUAGCCCUGAUUCGUGAGUUGUAUAUUAACUAGGUAUAGCAAAGUUCUCAAAAUAUUCCGCUGUAAGUAGGUUUUACACUGUUGUAAUGUUAUGUUUAGUUUGUAAGUUUAUGUUUCCAUAAGUUAGCCUUAUCCAGUAAGUGCCAUCGGGGCGCAAACAGGGAUCUCUGAUACGUAAUCGAACCUUAAAGCCUAAUCCUUAGCUGUUUGUUGUAUUUAAGUAUACCGAGAAGCGACCAACAAACAAGCGAGUUGAGCAAAGCUAAUCCAAUUCCAUAUUAUUUUCAAGACUGGGCUUCGCCAUUGAGGUCAAACAAGAUAUUUAUCAUACGAUUAAGUGAUUAUUCUGUAUGCGCAUAGGAUAGGUAUAUGUACAAUUCAAAACUCAGGUUGAGAUUGCAACUGACAUUUAAUUUGCUGUGAACAUAUUCCCAUAAGUUAUCUUCAGGCCCGAUCUUUUCCGACAGAUGAAAUACCACUAGUUCAAUCUUUAUUCCACCAAUUCCCUGUAUUACUAUUUUUCUGUUGGAAAACUUCGUUCGAAUAUGUUUCGAUCUUCAGCUGAUAAAGAGCCAAAUGCUUUAAACUUAGAACUUGCAAAAGGAAACAAACUAACUUUAGCCCAACUAAAACUACCUUAAUAACUAUAAUUAGCUCAGUGUUUAAGCUCUGUACAUACCUAUAGGACAAGUCGGGAGAACUUCUUAAGCCUGUAAAUACGCGUACGAAGAUGAUAAGCUACAACUUUAUUGUAAAUAACUAAAUGUUUUUAUGUUUUUCCAAACAAGCUCUCAAAAUCAAACUGAACUAGCUAUCAAAUUAAACAAAAAUAUCGAACCAAACAAAGCUGUAAUAAAGCAAACAAAAAC